GCUGUACUAUACAUCAUAAUUUUCUGACAGCGCGGGGACGUCUCUGGCUACUCUGAUAUGGCUGAGGCACCGCAGCAACAGUUGGUUGAAAUCGACCCAGAUUUUGAACCUCUUUCCCGUCCGCGCUCGUGUACCUGGCCGUUGCCCCGACCGGAGUUCAGCGAGCCAGCCAGCUCUAACACAUCUUCACCAGCACCCUCCGUCAAGCAGGAGCCGGGAAAUGCCGACUUCAUCAGUAACUUAAGUUUGCUGGAGGAGACGGAGGAUUACACAGAUGAGAAAUCACUCAUCAUGUGCAAUGAUUUUCAAUGCCAGGAGAACUGCAUACAUCGGCAGACCCAGCAACAGCAUCAACAGCAACAGCUGCAGCAGCAGCAGCUCCCAAGUCCCCAGCUGCCGCACCAGCAACAGGUGCCCUCCCUCUCCUCCCCUGUUGGCUCCAACUCCGCCGUGGCCUCUGCCGCGGCCGCUGCUCAGAGGAAGAGCAGCUCGUCCCGCCGGAACGCUUGGGGGAAUAUGUCAUACGCCGACCUCAUCACCAAGGCGAUCGAGAGUUCCCCGGAGAAGCGGCUCACUUUGUCGCAGAUAUACGAGUGGAUGGUGAAGAGCGUGCCUUACUUUAAGGACAAGGGUGACAGCAACAGCUCCGCCGGUUGGAAGAAUUCCAUCAGGCAUAAUCUGUCUCUGCACAGUCGUUUUGUGCGCAUGCAGAAUGAGGGGACGGGAAAGAGCUCCUGGUGGAUGCUGAACCCGGAAGGGGGUAAAAGCGGCAAGUCCCCUCGACGCCGAGCCGCUUCCAUGGACAACAACAGCAAGUUUGCCAAGAGCCGUGGCCGGGCCGCGAAGAAAAAGGUGGCCAUUCAGGGCGGAGUGGAGGGUGGUGCGGACAGUCCCGGCUCCCAGUACUCGAAGUGGCUGGGAAGCCCUAACUCGCACAGCAACGAUGACUUUGAGGCGUGGACCACGUUCCGUACCCGCGCCAGCUCCGACGCCAGCACUCUGAGCGGCCGUCGCUCACCCUUCCUGCCCGAGCAGGACGACUUGAACGAGGGUCCGGACAUUCACAUGGGGUACCCUGGGCCGGCGGGGACGAAAAUAGCCCCGUUGCCCAGCCUCUCAGAGGUGACCAGCUCCAUGGGUUCCGAGAACGUGGUGAUGGAAAGCCUGUUAGACAACCUAAACCUGCUCUCCCCUAAAAAUCAGACCCAGGGCGGCCAAGACUCCCAGUCCUCCCAGUCCUCUCCCAUGAUGCAAGGCAGUCCGGGGUAUCCUGUUUACAGCUCCCCCAGCGUGGGCCCACAGCCUCAACCCCAGCAGGACUACCGCAAACGCAUAUACGGGCAGGCAGGAGUGAACACCCUCUCCCCCAUUCCAAUGCAGUCCAUGCCAGACACAAAACCUGGAGGUUAUGGGUCUUUCAUGGGCCAAUAUAACUGCCCUGCAGGUCUUCUGAAGGAGCUGCUGACCUCAGACCCUGACCCAAGGGGCGAGCUGCUGCCCUCCAUGGAGACGGUGGGGUCUCAGGUUGGCGGAGGAGGCGUAGGCGGGCGGAUGUUACCUACGUACAACGCUCAGGGACAGAUGGGACACGGACUCAAGAUGAUGACCCCACAUCAACACCAACACCAACACCCGCACCCGCACCCGCACCCCCACCCUCAUCCACGGCAGGUCCACCCUCAGCUAGCCUCGACGCCGGCGAGUAUGAACGGCUGCAACCUGAUGCCUCUGAGCCAUUCAGGGGCACCUGGUCGGCACCUUGGCAACAUGAAACCUCACCUGCAGCUACCCCACGGCCACCGCCCUCAUCUGGGUGGGGGUGGAGAUCAGGUGAUGCCGGCUUACAGCGCCAAUGGGAACGGUUUCCUUCAUCAUGGGCUAUCACAGCACCAUCACCACCAACACCACCAACACCAUCAUCACCCAGAGAGGUUGCCUAGCGACCUCGACGACAUGUCCAUCGAACGUCUCGAGUGUGACAUGGAGUCUGUCCUGCACGACACACUUAUGGACGGAGACGCGCUGGACUUCAACUUUGACCCCGUGGUGAAUCAGCAAGGGUUUUCACACGGGGUCAAAACCACUACACACAGCUGGGUGUCAGGAUAGACACAAACGUGUUCACACAGAUGAAAUACUGAAGCUUAAACAAAUAAAGCCGAAAUAAUGGAGGGACUAAAGAGCAGAGUUUUUUCAUUGACAAACUGAAAGCCAUGGUCCAAAGAAACCAUUCUCUACUUUUCUACUCUGACGGAAUAAGAUCUCAGAUCUCUCUCCAUUCUCCCCAUCUCCGGUGUUGUCAGAGUCUUUUUCCUCUUGUGUGUGUGUGUGUGUGUGUGUGCGUGCGUGUGUGUGUGUGUGUGUGUGUUGUUGUUGAGGUCAGUGCACAAAGUGCUUAUUCACAUAAAAGCUAUGGUUGCCAUUAGUUUUCAUGGGCCAACUGAGUGCCAACUGUGUGUGCUAAUGCAGAGUUCACUUAUUUACAUUGUGUAAGGUCUGCCACACUGGAAAAUUACUGACAUGCAAUCUUUCUCUCUCCCUCUCUCUCUCCCUCUCUCUCUCUCACUCUCUCCCUUUCUUUCUUUCCCUCUUUCCUGCCUUCUAAAAGUGCCUGUAUUUGGAGAAAUGGUUAGAUGCAGUGUAAGACAAAACUUAGGCCAAGUAGUUUUUGAAUAUCUAUGUCUCCGCCUAAAGAUGGAAUCCAUGAUGAGUUUUGUUUGUUUGUUUGUUUAUUUUUGGUCCAGGUUGUCCCCUGUAGGUAUAACACAGCAUGUCAGUCAAAGAGGCCAACCGGUCAUUUCAUUUGAAAAUAAAUGUUAACGUUUCCUAUUUUGUAUUGUUUUUAUUGUCCUUUUUUUUUCCUCUUAAGAGCAGCUUAUUCUUCUCUAUGCUAUGCUGUGUGUAUGUUAGGUUACUUUAUAGAAGAAAAGCCUAAAAUCAGAUAGUUUGUGUUGUGCUUUCACACACACACACACAUAGAAUAUGAACCAUAAUUCAAUAAUUAAGGACAGCCAUUCCCAUAAAUAGGGUGAUUUUCAAUAAGGUUGUCUAAAAAGCCUUUUGAAUUGUACAGAGAUGUAAGUAUUUUUGUACAUACUCUACUGUAAUUGAGAUGUUUGUAUUGAAUACGUAGAUCUCAGAGCUUCAUGUUAGAAUUUUUCUCUGUCUAUAAGUUUCUGUAGAAAACAUUUCUGGAGUUGCUCCAUGUAAAGGGGUUAAAUUCAUUUUUAGCUGCUCUUAUGCUGACGUCCCAUUAACUCUUGUAUUGCGUGAAUUUUUUGUUCAGUAAGAGCAAACAGUCAGACCAAAUUUAUUUCGGCGCUCUUUCCGGAACCCUC